AUGGUCCUGAUACUGUGCCUGUUGAUGACACCAUACCUCAUAGCUGUGAACGGCGUUGAGGACAACAACUCGUGCACAACCGUCACAGAAGACGGUGUUAUAGAUCUGCGUCCCCUAGCUAACAAUGACAGCUCACCAAGAUUCAUGGAUGUCACGAAGGACAAAGAAGCCACGUUGAGAUUUUCUUGGAACCCAUGUUUUAACUUCGACGAACAAGGCUGUCACCAAGUGGAGUUGUGCGAGCUGACUCCGCAUUUUGACCUCAGCUACAGCCUCGGGAACUCCACACAGGCCAGCUUCAUACAGGACCCCAGUUUGGGUCUCGUCCUCGCUUACAACGUUUCUGACAUCUACGACAGAAGAACUUCCGUUAUCCAGCUCAUAUGUGAUGUGAAUGAAGAAGGCUCGUUCAAAGUUGUCGAAGACGAACCAAGCCAACAAUACAACUUCAUCCUAAGAAGUAAGCACUGCUGUCCCAAGACGCAAUCUAAACGGUCUACCUGAACUAUUCUCGUGGGAAUAAACUGCAGUCUUCACGCUU